AUGCUCCACCACCGGCUGCCCUCCUCCGCGCUCGCCGCCGCCUCCCUCGACAUGUUGGAGUGUCACGGCCGGUCGGACCCCGCGGCGUCGGGCCAAUACCUCGCCUUGUUCCAGGUGUGUGCGUCCACGCCACGCAGGUGCCUCUGCGCCCUCCGAAUGGCACAUCGCCACGGACGCCCGCCGCCGGCGCGUCCCGGCCCUCGGCUCGGCCCGCACAGGACGCUGCUCCUCUCUCGGGAGGAGAGGCCCGGCGGCACGCCGACGGGGGCGCAGGACUCCCUCCACGGCUUCUCCCAGGCCUUCAGCCACCUCACCAUCCAGCCCAGCCACCUGAACAUCCUCGCAGAGCUUCCGCCCAACAUGAAAAUCCUGCUGCUUCAGCACUCUGAAGAUGGGUCCGAGCUCUACGGGGCCUUCUAUGAGGUCACCAGAGCUCCAAAACAAAAGGGGAAGACGGCGCAGGGAACAGGGAGCCUGGCGUGCACGAGGGUGGCCAAGGUUCCCGUCCGCCCGCGGGCUCUGCUGGCGCUGAGGGGCCGGACCCGGGCCUUCGGCCUGGAGGCCAGACUCUCCCUCGCGGAGCGCGGCUCCGAGGAGCGGCGCGGUCUUCCCGGCGACGCCGCCGCAGAAGAAACGUUAGGACGUCACUUCAGAGACGUUGUGAGAGACAUGGACGACUAUUUAAAUCCACUUCUCACUCAGUUUGACUUCUCCUGCUUCAGGCCCCAGGCUUCAUCACCACCAGUCCCCGAGAUGACCAAAGCCAAAGAUAAAGAAGAGAAAGGGAGUUCAGCUAAGUUCCCCGCGGAGCCGGGGGAGUGCGUGGUGCUGCUGGCGGACAGGAAGCUGCUGCAGUUGCCCCUGGAGGCCCUGACGGUGCUGCAGGGCGGAGGCCUGAGCUCCUUGUCUCGGGACUUCUCCCUCCAGCUGCUCCACAGUCGGCUGAACAGAGAGGAACCAGACAAAGGGUCGCGGGGGCGCUGGAGCCGAUCCCAGCUGACAUAGGGCGAAGGCAGGGGACACCCUGGACAGGCCGCCAGUCCAUCGAGGGCACAUAUAGAGACAUACAACCAUUCACUCUCACAUUCACACCUAUGGGCAAUUUAGAGAUCAAUUAACUUGACUGCAUGUCUUUGGACUGUGGGAGGAAGCCGGAGAACCCGGAGGAAACCCACGCUGCCACGGGGAGAACAUGCAAACUCCACACAGAAGGACCGCCUCGACCGGGAAUUGAACCCACGGCCCUCUUGCUGUGAGGCGACAGUGCUAGCCACUACACCACCGUGCAGCCCAAUGUAUAUAUAUAUAUUGUUUUAUUUUUUAUUUUCUUUGUUAUUUUUUCUUUAUUUUACAUACAUUUUCUGAUUUAUUUGAUAUUAAUUUAGGAUAGGAAUACAUAAGCAUUUUUUUCUUCUACCUAUACAUUUUCAGUCUUUCUGUUUUGUAUAUUAUAUAGAAUAAUAUUGUAUUUGAUUGACUGAAUAAAAUACACAACACACAU